AUGGAUCGAUGUUCAUUGAUUUACCUGACAUAUCCAUACUGUAUUGUUUUUCCUAUCUUAGGUGGUUAUUUUCCAACUCCAUAUACUCAUCAACCAGAACUUGUUAUGAGUGAUCGUCGUCGUAGUCGUGAUCAAUAUCUUUAUAUACCAAAGUAUGCACUUAACAAUACAAAUGUUGAUCGAACCAAUGAAAUACGAAAAUUUCAUCAACUUUCUCAAGAACAUCGAGAUACAUAUAUAGAUCGUAGUGGCACAUUACAUCCUGUUGAACAUUUUACUUUACCUGUACCAAAUGAAAGAAUGUAUGAAGCAAAUUUACCAUAUUCUUCAAUGUUGCUUCGCCAUACAUCUGAUAUUAAUAUACCAGUCGAUCGAAAUUUUCCACCAGUUAAAGAUGUAGCUAAACAAUCAGAAUUUCAAUUAUUUCCUUCAACAGGAUCAAAUCCAAGUCAUAAUGCAUCCCAACAACAACAAAAUUUUAUAAAUGCAUCACCAACUGUUGAUUAUCUUUGUUGA